AACCGCUCAUACAUUUGGGAAAGCUGCGUUGUCUACACACUCAAAACCAGUAUGAGAAUCCAAGACACUUGCACUGAUGGGACAACAAUCAGCAAAAACAAAGCAUUUAACGAGUGGUUAUUAAAAAUGGGCAAUGGCACACUACCCGCCCAGAACAGACAAGACGAAAAUGACCCAACAUGGAUAGAGAUACCUGAAAAACACUGUGUGAUGCUAAAAACAGAUCACACCUCAGACAUAAUCAGCCACACGUACCCAGACUUCAGGCUGAAGUGGAAUACAGAAUCCUACCUAAAAGAAAGAGCAAUCUUGACCCCGUUAAAUGACACUGCAGAGGAACUCAACCACCAAAUAUUCAAACAAGUACCUGGAGAAGAAAAGUCAUACAAGAGCUGCGAUGAGAUUUGCAAGGCAUCCCAGGAUACAAACGAUGUGGAAAUAGGCUACCCAACCGAAUUUCUCAACACACUAACAUUCCCUGGAAUGCCCCCUCACGUACUAACUCUCAAGGAAGGCAUACCUGUGUUAAUGCUUCGCAACAUCAACCCCGGCCUUGGACUGUGCAAUGGGACGAGAUUGCUGCAUCAAGAGUUACCCAACCCGAAGGACUUCACUUUAUGAUAAAAGAAAAAGACCCCCUAUACACACACCACACUCGCAAUAUAGUUUACAAGGAGGUCUUCAACAAUAUUACCCAGGAAAAAGACAAUACAAGUCCAA